AGCAGGACAUGGUGAUAGGAAACUGUGGUUUUUAUGGAUUACCCUGGAUGAGUUGUGCAGUGAUGAAGACUUUGUCAGAAAUGUGGAGUCAGUCCUUGAUGUGGUCUUCCUGGACUUCCUUCUCUUUUCAGACCCGAGAAGCUUGGAUGUUUUCACCCUGGAACAGCUACAGCAGGAGGAAAUCCCAAAGGAUAAUUUACAUCCACUUACUGACAAUAAACCUGUCACCAAGGAGACAUCUCCACCUACUUCGGAUGACAACAGAGCACCUCAGGACCUAAUCGUGGAUUGUCUUGGUAUAAAGUCUGAACCAGACCAAACAGGACUAGCUUCACCACAGAAAGUGGGAUCAACGGAACGUGGAGUCGCCUUCUCUCCCCGCUUCUUGUCACACCUUUUAAAGGAAUCAACUGAUGCCACACCUGAGAGUCCCAUGGUGAUAAGAGCAAGUAAGAAGGAACAAGUUAAAAAGAGCUUCCCAAAAACAGCUGAAGUCACCCCAAUGCAGUCGGCAAACUGUGGAAAUAUCAGACAACCCACUGCGAGAAGACAAUUAUUUAAAAGUGAGGAGAGCAGGACAGGGACUAAUGCAAACCCAGAAAGGCAAUUUUUGAAGAUGGCAAAGCAAAAAAACAAAAAGCCUACAAUAGAGAUGCAGAAAGUACAAGUUCCAAAGGGGAAACCUGCUAACUUCUGCAGAGAAAUGGUGGAAAAUAUGACGCCUUUAUCAAAAACCCAGAAAAAGACACAGAAGCAAAGGACCCAAACAUCCAGAGCUGCAAGUCGAAGAGCUCAGAGCACGGCCACUGAGGAAAGAGCACAGCCACCUCCUCUGGUUAAAGGAGAAACCAAACACUCAAAGACAAAGAGCAAAGAGGCGAUCGACACAAAGAAAACUGUAAGAAAACCACAGACUCUGCCUACUGCAAGUCCAACAAAAAGAAGAAAGACUAAAGAUGAGGAGAGCUGUGAAGCCAAGGUUUCCAGCAUGGUUCAAUCCACUCAGAUGUGUCCUCGGUCAAAGAGAGAGUCAUUAACGGAUGAGAAGUGCAGUCAGAAAGCUCCAAAGGAGGGCUGCAAGGCAAAGUGUCCCACUGCAAGACCCUCACUUUCUAAGAAAAGACAGAAGAGAGGUCCUAAAUCCUCCAUCCAGAGCCCUGAGCCAGGUGAAGGGACUCAGCAACCAGGCGCUGCAGAGCCGGAAACCAUGCCUGACCACUUAAAAAUAAAAACUUCAAACGGGAGAAAAAAAGCAGGCAAACAUGUGAAAAGGAGACAAGGAGAGGCUUCUAGGAAGGGAAACAGAGCAGUUAAACCCCAUUCAGCCAGGGAAGAGAUAGAGAACGCAUGGACGCCAGAAGAGGAAGAGGGAUGUAAACAAGGCAGAGCGGCUGGUGCUGAUGCAAAUCCACCGGAUGAGUUUGAUCAAGAAACAAGGAAGAGCAGCAAAGACGGGCCAAAGGAGAAGAAAGCCAAACCCCAAAAGGAAAGAAAGCUCCCCAAAACUUAAGUGACUUGUCUAAACUGAAUAUACGAGUUUCUCCUUCAAUUAUAUUUAAUGCUGCACACAUUAGAUGCUGGAGGAAAACGCAUCGAAUAAAAAGCAAAUGA